GUUUAAGGGUAAGCCCAAGCCUUUUUUUAAAGGACAUCGGGCUCAGGCUCGGGCGGGCUAAUUAUCGGGCCUAUCGGGUAUCAGACUUAUUUAUUUCGGACCGGGUAACGGAACCUGUGGGUAACCUGGCUCAUGGACACCCCUAAGUGUAGAUGAUUGUUUCAGAAAUUAUAGCCAUAUUUCAUAUUUUUUUACUUCCUAGAAUUAAAUAUUUUGGAGAGACCUAUUUGAUACUAUACUUCGAUGCUACAUGAUACCAUGCCUUUCUGUCUGUGGUUCUACUACUGUGCAAGACCUUUUUCUUUGGUACUACUUUGCAAGAUCAACCAUAGUCUCCUUUGCUUCAGGUUCAUCACACAUUUGCAACUUCGGGAUCUGAUGGUGCCUUUAAUUUUUGGGACAAAGAUAGCAAGCAAAGACUCAAGGCUAUGUCGAGAUGCAAUCAACCUAUACCUUGCAGUACCUUCAACAACGACGGCUCAGUAUUUGCAUAUUCGGUUUGUUAUGAUUGGAGUAAGGGUGCAGAAAAUCACAAUCCAUCAACCGCAAAGACAUAUAUUUUCCUACACUUACCACAGGAGGCUGAGGUUAAAGGCAAACCGCGAAUUGGAGCAAGUGGCAGAAAGUGAACUGCUUGUCAUCAUGUCAAAGGAAAGAGUUUGUGCGGUGUUGUACAUGGAAGGAAAAAUAAAAGUUCCAUGGAGGCUAAGGGAACUGACUAAUCAAAUCCCUAGGAGGUUGAGUGCUUUGUCUUGUACACUGGUUCACACUUAUAGAGAAGGGAAUAUGGUAGCCGACUAUUUGGUUAGGAAAGGGGUGGCGGAUAAAACAGAGUUUCGAACUGCUUCAUCCAAUUCCAUCCCAGCCCAAGCAAGAACUCUGAUUUUACAGGAUCAGAGUCAGCUUAGAUCAUUAAGGCAGAAGAAAUCCUGGGUCUAUCUAAACCCAGGAGGCCAGGAGUGCUAA